AUGGUGCACACCACACACGCCUUCUCCUUCAAAGUUUGUUUUCAUCUACUUUGGAGGUCUCGUUCGUUGCUUGCCGUUGCUUGUCGGUCUGGCGACGGUCACAGGUAUCUCCAACACAUCGAAGACUUCCGGAAGGACCAACUCAGUCACUUGGGCGAGGUGGUCUACCUGGAUUAUGCGGGUGCUGCCUUGUUCAGUCGCGCCCAGCUGGCAGAGUUGCUGCUGACCAGUAGUCUUGGCAAUCCCCACAGCUCCAGGGCCAGCGAAGAGCUGUUGGACCGAAGCCGAGACUUGGUUCUGCACAUGUUCCGGACGACCAGGGCGACACACAGCGUGGUUUUCACCUCUGGUGCUACACAAAGCCUGGAGCUUCUAGGAGAGCAUUAUCCUUGGACAGUGAAUGGUGGCUGCUUUCUCUACGCAGAUGAGAGCCACACCAGCGUCUUGGGGCUUCGCCAGUUUGCUCGCCGCUCCAACUGGGCCUUUGGGACCUUUGCCUUGGAAGACCUGCCAAACUUGGCAAAUGACUUGUCAGCUGCCAAGAUGAUCGAAGGACAAGUUCCAGAGAGCAUUGCUGGCUGCAACCUCCUGGCUUUUCCAGGUGAGUCCAACUUCAGUGGACUUCGGACAGACUUGUCAUGUCUAUCAGCUCUUCGCCAGGGUCCUCAGAGGUGGAGACUUCUUUUGGACGCCGCGAAGCUCGCAUGUUCACCUGGAAGUCUGGAUCUCAGCCAAUGCCCUGCAGAUUUCACCGUGAUCUCCUUUUACAAGAUCUUCGGAUAUCCCACGGGCCUAGGAGCUCUCCUCCUUCGCCACGAUGCGGCACCGUGCCUUUUCCCCCGCGACGCCCACGGCCCCAGCGGCCCGUCGGGGCCGCUCUACUUCGCCGGCGGCUGCGUGUCUUCGGUCUCGGCCACGUCGAGCUUUGUGGUGCCCAGACCCUCCUUGUCACAGUGGAUGGAGCGGGGCACUCCGCAUUUCCAAGGGAUUUUCACACUCUCAGUGCAACUGGCCACGGUGCGACGACUGGGCACCGACCUCGCUCGCAGUCGACAUGCUUUGGCCGUGUGCCAUGAAGCUUUCUUGCGCACCGCGCGCCUGCGACACAGCAACGGGCAGCGGCUCUGCCGGAUCUUCGGAGCUCAUGAGGAGAUCCGCUGGGCUGAGCUGCAGGGGCCAACCUUGGCCUUGGAGCUGCACUAUGCUGAUUCUUCACCUGUGCCAUAUGGCCUGGUGGCUGAACGUGCGGCAGCUCGAAAGAUCAUGCUGCGGACAGGAUGCCAUUGCAAUGACGAGGACAUCCGGCACUUCCACGCCUCGGGGAAGGUCUGUGGCGAUGAUCGGGGCCUCAUCGAGGGACGGUCCACGGGGAUCGUCCGGGUGUCCUUCGGCCUCUACUCCACCAUGGAGGAUGUGUCCAGAUGGAUUGAGUUGCUGGUUGAGUUCCAAGAUCUGCUUCCCACGGAACCGAAGAUUUUGGCCGAGAACCUCGCGGCCACCAACCACUUGACGAAUCCGACAGUAAAGGGUUGUGGCCCUUUGCGCGUGAACCGCUGGCCUUUAGACCCCAGCGGCAGCUUGUUCUUGGACCGCCGCUGGUGUUUGUCGCUGGGAACUCGACGCUCCAAGCUGAGACCGGUGAGUGCCAAGCAGGCGCCACGGCUCACGACAGUGAGGAUCUCGUUGAGAGACUUGGCUCCGAGCUUUGUGUUGCUCCUCUCCAGCAAGUUUCAUCCUGAGACCUUGGAGAUUGCUCUGAGUGAGGAGGACUCAAAGAUCCUGCAAGCCAAUGGUGUAGCUGCAGAUCCUUUGGAUACCACGAGGAAUGGAGCAAGGAUGCAUGAAGAUGCAUCCAAUGCUGAUGCUUCCAUCUGGUUUGAGCAGCUCUUGGACCUCAAGGACCUGCAACUGCGCUGUAGCUCCGACGGCACCGCCGGCACGGGCGAGGCACCCGCGCGGACGGACUUUGCCAACGCGCCCAAGACACUGCUGACGCUUGGGAUGGUCUCCACGGCCUCCUUGCGACGCUUCGGCGAGCUUUGCGGCUUAGAGGUGCCGGCGGAGCGGUUCCGGGCCAACGUGGAGGAGAUGUCCUGGCCAGUGGGUUUGGCCCUUGGCCUCACCGACGAGCCCCACGUGGCGCCCGGUCGACUCCACUUCGAGGUGGCCGGGCGCUGCGUCCGGUGUCAAGCGGUGGACAUCGACCCGGAGGACCCGGAGCGCUCCAGCGGCGUGUCGCUGCUGGCGGCCUUGGCCACGAGCCAAGUCAGCUCCGAGAGCUCCAAGGGGCCCACGUUUGGGGUUUUGCUCCGGAAGCGAGGCCACUGGCAAGAGAGGCCAAUGCUGGAAGUGGGCAUGUCAUUAGAAGCUGAGGAUGGCGCUCUGGCGAAAGACAGACAUCUCAUUUGGGAGAAGCUCUUCUCCCUCGAGGAUGGCGAGGAGGCUGCGGAGUUCUGCAAGGCAAAACUCCGUGGUGGUCUGGAGGGCCAGAGGCCCUUCUCUGGAAAAGCACAUCGAUUGGAAGAGGCUCAGUGCCUCACCUUGGCUCCAGAAGUUCAACUCACUGAGAUGUUGAAUGAUGCCUUCAAGGGAAGGAUCUACCGUUGGACCUUCAGUGCUCAUGCCGUCAAAGAGACCAAGACAGAUACUGCCAGCUACACCAAAGGUAAAGAUGCUGGGGAGAAGAGAAAGCAGCAAAUAGAGAGGGUUCGCGAUGUUCCAGGGAAGUGGUUCUUUUGGAUGGCAGCCAUUUCCAGAUUCCAGGAGUUGAGCCUUUGCCCUGCCGAGCUGGCACAUCAUGGUUUAAGUUUUGACUCCAAGUUUGAGAUCGAUGAGGGCAACGUGUUGGGCACCGGGAAGUUCUCCACCGUCUACAUGUGCUUUCGCCGGGGACAGCCGAACCGUCGCUUCGCGCUCAAGGCGAUUUCCACCUACACAGGUGAUGAUGCAUCCAUGAACCGCAUCCUCGAAGAGAUUAAUAUCAUGAAAGUCAUCGAGUAUCACCAAAGCAUCAUCCGGCUGGUGGACAUGGAUCAGUCAACUUCGAACACAAUUCGCUUGGUCUUAGAGCUUUGUGAGGGUGGGGAGUUGUAUGAUCGCAUCCAGCAAAAGAGGUACUACUCGGAGUCUGACACCAAGCUCCUGGUCAAGAACCUCCUGGAGGCGGUCUGCUUCAUUCACAGCAAAGGCAUUAUGCACCGAGACUUGAAACCGGAGUCCUGCUCCGGAAGGUCAGCAACACUGACAUCAAGGUCUCGGAUUUUGGGCUCGCGAAGUUGUCAAAGGACUGGCCUCGAAAACUCCCACGGUCGACCUCCAUUUGUGGUUCCGACUUCUAUUUGGCUCCGGAGGUGA